AUGGUCGCCAUCACACCACGGACAGACCGCAAGCAUGAUGCAGUUUCCCAGACAAAUUCAGUUGCCGAACUGGGCGAGGCAAGGGAGCAUGUAGAUGAGACCACGGCUCUCUUAGGUUCAAACAAGGCCCAAUAUGAUGAUGUGUACGCAUCGGAAAAUCCCGAAGGCUCGUCCGCGACAAACAGAGAUGACGAAAAUGUUGAUGAAGAAAAGCCAUUGCCCGGACUUCAAAUCUUGCUGCUCUGCUACGCCCGAGUAGUCGAGCCCCUGGCCUUCUUCUCCAUCUUCCCGUAUGUCAGCCAAAUGGUUCAGGACAACGGGGGCGUUGCAGACUCGGAUAUCGGUUUCUAUAGCGGAGUUAUCGAGUCCAUGUUCUCCCUCACCCAGGCUAUUGUGAUGAUAUUCUGGGGCCGCGCAGCCGACCGACUCGGUCGCAAGCCGGUUCUGGUCUCCUCUUUAUUCGGCGUAACCGUGGCAACCGGCCUUUUUGGGCUGGCAAAGACUAUACCACAAAUGAUCAUUUUCAGAUGUCUUGCCGGAGUCUUCGCUGGUACCAUCGUCACCAUCCGCACCAUGAUAGCCGAGCAUAGUACGCCCAGUACACAGGCCCGGGCCUUCAGCUGGUUCGCCUUCAGUGGGAACCUGGGCCUAUUCCUCGGCCCUCUGUUAGGCGGUGCUCUGGCUGACCCUGUACAGCAGUAUCCGGGCGCUUUUAGCGGCAUUCACUUUUUUGAAAAGUAUCCCUAUGCGCUCUCGAGUUUUGUGGUGGCACUGGUGGCAGCUACCGCUUCCUUAACAUCCGCUUUCUUGAUCCAAGAGACUUUGAAAAAGGACCCCGUCAUCUCACCCCAUGAUGGGGAGGAGGCGGCUUCUGAGUUGCCGGCUCGGCGCGGCGAUAUGUCGACAUGGCAACUUUUACAAUCGCCAGGGGUUGGUAUGAUCCUAUAUACAUAUGGACAUCUCAUGGUCCUCGCCUUUGCCUACACCGCCAUCAUCCCUGUCUUUUGGUUCACUCCGAUUUACCUCGGAGGAUAUGACUUCACGCCCCUUGAAAUAUCAUUGAUGAUGGGCCUGAAUGGGGCUGCCCAAGCUAUGUGGCUCCUCCUGGUGUUCCCGCCGUUGCAGCGCAAGAUAGGGACGAACGGAGUGAUACGCCUUUGUGCCUGUGUCUAUCCGUUCUUUUUCCUGGCUUGCCCCCUGGGUAAUGUCCUCCUACGACUGGAUACCGAAGGAUCCAUCAAAACAUUCUGGAUUUUCGCGCCGAUAGCGCUGACUAUCGGCAGCGGAGUGAGCAUGAGUUUCACGGCAAUCCAACUUGCCCUGAACGACGCCGCGCCUUCCCCGAAGGUGCUGGGCACGCUUAAUGCGCUGGCCUUAACUGGUGUCAGCGGGCUGAGGGCCUUCUGUCCGGCCCUCUUUACCAGUCUCUUUGCCCUCAGCGCGAGGACCCAACUGGCUGGGGGCCAUGCCAUCUGGAUCCUUAUGGUUUUGCUUGCUUGCGGGCUAUCGUUCACGGUAAGAUAUCUUCCCGAGCCUCAAAAGCCUCGCAAACGCCGUAACGAGCAGAGAUGA